AUGUCUGGUGAAUUUUCGUUGGCAGAUGCACUACCUGCACACUCCCCUGCCAAAACCUCUGCUGUGAGCAAUACAAAACCUGGCCAACCUCCUCAAGGCUGGCCAGGCUCCAGCCCUUGGAAUAAUCCGAGUGCUCCACCUUCGGUGCCAUCUGGACUCCCACCAAGUGCAACACCCUCUACUGUGCCUUUUGGACCAGCACCAACAGGAAUGUAUCCUUCCGUGCCUCCCACCGGACCACCUCCAGGACACCCAGCACUCUUUCUUCCUUCGGAACCAUCAUGCCCCCCACCCGGUGGUCCUUAUCCAGCCCCAACAGUGUCAGGCCCUAGCUCCACAGGGCCAUAUCCUACACCAAAUAUGCCCUUUCCAGAGCUACCCAGACCAUAUGGUGCACCCACAGAUCCAGCUGUAGCUGGUCCUUUAGGUCCAUGGGGAUCCAUGUCUUCUGGACCUUGGGAGCCAGGAAUGGGAGGGCAGUAUCCUACCCCUAAUAUGCCAUAUCCAUCUCCAGGGCCAUAUCCCGCUCCUCCUCGUCCCCAAGCCUCUGGGCCAGCACCACCUGUUCCACGGGGCACCGAUCCACCAGGAGCCUGAGGACCACCACCAUAUCCUGCCCCUACAGGACUGUAUCCCACACCGGGACUCUAUCCUACUCCCAGUGAUCCUUUCCAAGUGCCUUCAGGACCUUCUGGUGCUCCACCGAUGCCUGGUGGUCCCCACUCUUACCAUUAA